GUUAGCUCGUACAGCAAGCAGUAUUGAGGAGUAUAUAUCUAUAUCAAGUGUGAUCACCCACGUCAGGAUAUAUUGGCAGAUAUUUUACCAUAUAUAGUCGCGACUUGCACAGCCUCUCACCAGUUCGUAAAGUGUGAAACGUUUAUUGGGCAUCGAAUGCAACAAGUUGAUUUUUUGGAUGCUGAUAGAGUCACGGGAGAUACCGAACAGAAGACUUAACUAAAUAUCAAACCAAGACACAUUCCAUUGCAAUGAUACUGCGAACGAGUAGAAUUUGCCUGCUGGGGCUUUGGCUGCUCACGCUGCUUACCCUGCUGCAGGCCCAGGGCGAGGAUUAUGGCGGCGAUAUGGGGGACGGUGGCGGUGUUGGUGGCAGUGAUGACAUCUACGAGCCGGCGCAGCAGGAAACCGCAGUUGAUACGGAAACACAGCAGCGACGCAAUAGCAUCGAGGCCGAAGAAAGUGCUCUGCCCGCAGAGACGGUCAAUGCGCUGCAGUCCAUGGAACAGCAAUCGACCACGGAGAAGGUGCCGAUCGCGGUCACUGAGAUGUCAGUGCCCACAGCUGCAUCGGCAACCACCGAGUACGAUGAGAAUACGGCAGCUGAAGUUAUGGAAGAUGCGCCCACACAGAAACAGGAGACGAAAGUCGUCAAGCCCGCGAGGAAUUCGCAAGAGUACUACUACGAGGACAUGCAGGAAGAGGAGCAACACGCAGAGCCGCCCAAAAAGCAGUCACAGGAGGAGCAGUCCACAGUCACAACGACAACAGUGCCCGAAUAUGUGCGCAAGGCCAAAGCGGAAAGAUUUCCUCACAAAGAGCCCGACUAUGUCGAAGACGAUAUGGUGGUGGAGCACCAAACGCAGCCUAUUUACGUACCCAAGGAUCAGGAAGACGGCGUCAUCUAUCGCGAUGAGCCGGCCCAGCCGCAGGCACACAUACAACAGCUGCCCAUGAGCCACAAAGCCAAACCCUUUAAGCCCAGCUCCGACGAGUACUAUUACGAUGACCAGGACAGCACGGAGCAUCGCAUCACAACCACAAUUCAGCAGACCCCAACAACGACAACGACGACAACAACAACAACAGAGGCACCGCUGCCAGUGCUCGCAGCACGUUUUGGUGGUUUCGCCGGCUUCGGUGGUUGGCCCGAACCAACGCCCAUUGCCGUGCCCACUAACGGGCCACCAGUCCUCAUGCCAAGCUCAACCACAACGACGACGACGACAACGACAACAACAACAACAACGCCAACACCGACUGCAACAACGCCUGCGCCUCGAAAGCAAUCGAAGCACAUACAUCUGACCAAGCCAGAGCUGUUGCCCGCCGAUCAGCUGCGCAACUACAUCAAGGAUGUCUAUAUACGCAUGCCGCUAGCGGUUAUCGUGGAUCCAUCUGCAGCAUCGCUGGACCAGGCCAAGCGGUUGUACAUAGAUGCGUUGCAGGACAAAAAUAUAAAUAUAAAAAUUGUGCUCGUCACGCUGAAUGCCUCAGGUGUGCCCUCCGCUUUCAGUUUCAACAAUACGCGAGAGUUCAUUGCGGGCCUGAACAGCACUAAAGAGAUAGAGGGCGGCAAUGCCUUUGUGGGCGUGUUGCAGGCCGCCGAGUUGGUGCCCUAUGACAGCGCCAUAUUUAUAUCGACAGCUGUCAUACCGCCGCACACAGAUAUUGUACAGGAUGCAGCGAUUACAUUGCUAAAGAAGCGCAUACGCUUGUUUAUGCUGUGGUACGGCGAGCGGUCGGCCAACGAGAAUGAGACAGAAGAUGCUGUGGGCGGCAUUUUGGGCGAGGUGGCCAUACGAUCAGGCGGCGAAAUUAUUCAUAUUGUGAGCACAGAGCAUGGACAGCAUAUAGCGGGCAAUACGUUAACGCUCGUCUCAGAUGCGUAUCAAGGUACCCAGGAGCUGGAGCUACCUGUUGAUACGACGCUGUCCAGUUUACAUGUGCGAAUCGAUGCCAACAUGCGACGUGCCACACUGGCAACGCCCAAUGGUGAUAUAAAUUUAAAGAAACUGGUCAAAUUUAAAUCAAUCAAUGAUACACGAAAUGCUAACCCCGAUGAACUGGAUGCAUACGUACCACUCAACAAGCUGCGCAAGGCAACAAUCCUCAAGCUGCAAUUGACGCCGGAUUCACCAAAAGCCGCUUACAAUGUUUUCAUACGCGCCGAACGUAAAGCUGAUGUUUUUCUUGGUGAUAUUAUUAAACGCAUCGAUAGCUACUAUUCCCAUGCUGUACAUGAACGUCCUUUGGCGCGUCUGGCCAAACUCAAAUUUCCCGAGUCACACGAAAAGCUAGAGAAUGAAGUGGAUUCACCUAAGAGCGAAGUGGAAACCUUUUCGCAAACGGAGCUAGUGCAGCCAACGACAAGUCUAAAUCAAACACAAUUUGCCGCUGCUACGGGUGAGCCGCAGCGUGCCAGCUUGAAUGCCAUGUUGCUGCAACGUUGCGGCACCAAAAUCGAACUCAGUACGCAAUCGCAGCUGCUUUUGAAUGCGGGUCAAAUAUCUACGCUGCUCUUUGAGGUGACCAAUAUGCGAGCGGAGCGUGUCUAUCAGACGGUGCAAGUGACGGACGAGCGGCGUUUCCUGGUGCAGCUCAGCCCGACGGGCUUCUAUUUGCGUGCUCGAGAGACAAGCACCGUGCGUCUGACUGUGCUGGCACCCACGGGCACAUCGCCCGGCACCACGGAUAGAGUGACAUUCACUAGCUAUGGACGCGAAACGGCCACCUUGGCGGUUAGCCUAAAGGUCGUGUCCAGCAUUGAUGCGCAGGAUUCCACUGGACCAAAUCUUUCCUGGGAGUUUGGUAAUCGCUGCGACUAUGUAAGCAGUGAUGGACAAAGCUGUGGCGAUCGUUUCUGGACUUUGGAUGUCACCGCUCAAGACUGGCAAUCGGGCAUACUGCGCUUGCAGACAACGCCAGCGGAUGGACUGUUCUAUCGCAAUUACUAUACGGCUGGUACAACGGAGCCCAUGAAGGCCACAUAUAUGGCAUCCUGCUGUGAACCGAAGGUGGCCAUAACGGCAUACGAUGCAGCGGGCAAUCAGCGCAGCAUUAACAUUGAUGUUAGAGACGUGGUGUUGACUGAGGCGGCUAUAGCUGCCAUCUGUUUGGGCGCCAUUCUGCUGCUGUUGCUGAUUAUGCUGCUGAUAUGGGGCAUUGUGUGGUGCUGCAAGCGACGCAAGGUGUCAUUGGAGCUGCCCACGUAUCGCUCGCACUCGACACGCAGCAUGGAAUAGAUUAAGCGAGAGACUCUGCCAAUACAAAAAUAACAGCUACAAUAACUAUAUAUAGAGACGAACUUUAAGUGUUGCCCAAUAAAAAUAC